AUGGCGCAAAAGGCGAAAAAGGACAGGGCCAAGUCCAACGGCAUCGCACUCAACAAUCUGCACAUUGGCACCGCGACUGUCCACGCUGUCUUCCUGGCCUUUCACUUCCUGCUCAGGUCACGCUCACUGCUGGCCUACGGUCUCCUGUCGGUGCCCAGCUUCAUCUGCGAAUAUAUCCUGGAGUCCUCGGGUCGCCCCAAAUAUGACCCCGAGACCAAGGCCUUGCGCACAUCAGGCGAGGACCUCAACGCGCCUGGCCUGACCGAGUACAUGUUCGAUGUCGUCUGGGUGACCUGGGCCUCGCUGGUAUGUGUCAUGCUGUUUGGCAAUUGGGGUUGGCUUCUCUGGGCUUCGCUUCCCGCAUACGGGCUAUACCUGGGUUCGGGACUGCUGGGCAUGGGCAGAUCCAAGAUGGCCCAGAUGCAAGGAGUGGGAGAUGAGAAGCAGGCUGCUCCUCAGGGCAAUCGCCGUUCGCGCAGGGCCGCCGCCUAA